AUGAAUUGCCUUUUAGAAAAAUAUGAAUGUUACGAAUGCCACAAGCAAGCGUCGUGUAUUAAUACCAAUGGAACGCUCCACUGCUCUUGCAACAACGGUUUCACUGGAAAUGGAUCUUCAUGCACAGAUGUCAAUGAAUGUGAAAUUGGAACAAACAACUGCAAUGGCAACGCGUCUUGCAACAAUACCAUUGGCUCGUUUAACUGUGUUUGCAAUAUAGGCUUUGUUGGCGAUGGAACAACAUGUGAAGAAAUAACAAUAUGCCCAAAAAGAAUCGAUCUUGGAUUUAUAUUGGACAGUUCUGGCAGCAUUGGUCGUUACAGCUUUGAUCAAACGAAGUCAUUUGUGAAAGAUCUCACGAAAUUUUUCACGAUUUCUCAAAACAGCACCAGAGUGUCAGUGAUGUCAUAUGCCACAGGGGCAACAUUGCAUUUUCGCUUUUCUCGAGUAUUUGGAACCCGACAAAAUCUUUAUUCAGCAAUAGAUAACAUUCCAUACAGUGGAGGUGGGACGAACACCCAUCUGGCGUUGUUAAGAGCGUAUACAGAUAUGUUUAAUGCAAAAAAUGGUUCCCGAGUCACAGAUGUGAAUGAAUGUGAAAUUGGAACAAACAACUGCAAUAGUAACGCGUCGUGCAACAAUACCAUUGGCUCAUUUAGAUGUGCUUGCAACGUUGGAUAUGUUGGAGAUGGAAUAAAAUGUAGAAACCUGACAAUCUGCGCGAAGAAGAUUGAUCUUGGGUUUGUAAUGGACAGUUCAAGCAGCAUUGGACAUUAUAAUUUUAACCAAACCAAAUUGUUUAUAAAAGAUUUUACCGAUUAUUUCAAAAUUUCUGAAAACGGAACGAGAGUGUCGGUGAUAACGUACGCGACAUGGCCAACAUUACAGUUUGGAUUUUCUCGAAAAUUCACCACCCGACAGGAUCUUUAUUCAGAGAUAGAUAACAUUCCAUACACAGGAUAUUGGGGAGCGGACACCGAAAGGGCUUUAACAAAAGCAUAUAUAGAUAUGUUUGAUACCCAGAAUGGUGCCCGGAUUUCAGGAAUAAAGAGAAUUUUAAUAGUUUUCACUGAUGGAAGAAGCAGUGGAAAUGUUUAUUAUCCUUCUCAACAACUGAAAAACAUGGGUGUCGUAAUAUUCUCAAUUGGAGUUGGUUCAGGGAUCGAUGUUUUACAGCUCGAAACAAUGGCUUCCUCUCCUGCAAAAGAUCAUGUGUUCCUACUCCGCAAUUUCAGUGAAUUCGCACAUUUGGCUCACAAUAUUUCAUUUAUUGCUUGCAAUGGUAUUACCACAAACAUAACGCGAGAUUCAUGUGGAAAUACUCAUCUGUACACUCCUGGCAGACUCACAAGUCCUCGUUAUCCUUACGAGUACCCAAGACAAUUAAAUUGUUCUUGGAUAAUUUCUAGUACCAAUGCAACAUAUGUUUCACUGCAAUUUUCAGUGUUCUCGCUGGAAGGCGGUUCAAGUUGUCAAUAUGAUUAUUUGGACGUUUAUGAUGGCAAUUCUAUAUAUGCGAAAAAACUGGGGAGGUUUUGUGGGCAGCAAUCGCCAAGAAAGCUGGUAUCAUCUGGUUCAACGCUCUUCGUCGUAUUUCAUACGGACAGUAUUAUUCAGAAACAAGGGUUCGUUCUCAACUACACGGACACAAAUGAUUCAGAUUCAUGUGGAAAUUUUUACCUGUAUACUCCUGGCAGACUCACAAGUCCUCUUCAUCCCUAUUAUUACCCAAGAAACACGGAUUGUACUUGGAUUAUUUCUAGUACCAGUGCGGCAAAUGUUUUACUGCAAUUUUCAUUCUUCUCGCUGGAAUACAGUUCGAGUUGUCAAUAUGAUUAUUUGGACGUUUAUGAUGGUAAUUCUAUGUAUGCAAGAAAACUCGGGAGGUUCUGUGGGCAGCAAUUGCCAAGAAAACUGUGGUCAUCUGGUUCAAAGCUCUUCAUCGUAUUUCAUACGGACGGUGGUGUUCAGAAACAAGGGUUUGUUCUCAACUACACAAGCACAACUGAUUCAGAUUCAUGUGGAAAUUCUUAUCUGUAUACUCCUGGCAGACUCACAAGUCCUCGUUAUCCCUAUAAUUACCCAAGAAACACGGAUUGCACUUGGAAUAUUUCUAGUAACAAUGCGACAAAUGUUUUACUGAAAUUUUCAUUCUUCUGGCUGGAAGGCGGUUCGAGUUGUCGAUAUGAUUAUCUGGACGUUUAUGAUGGUAAUUCCAUGUAUGCAAAAAAACUCGGGAGAUUCUGUGGCCAGCAGUUUCCAAGAAAACUGGUGUCAUCUGGUUCAAAGCUUUUCAUCGUAUUUCAUACGGACGGUAGUGAUCAGGAACAAGGGUUUGUUCUCGACUACACAAGCACAAUUGGAAUAAAGAGAAUUUUAAUAGUUUUCACUGAUGGAAAAAGCAGUGGAAAUGUUUAUUAUCCUUCUCAACAACUGAAAGACAUGGGUGUCAUAAUAUUCUCAAUUGGAGUUGGUUCAGGAAUCGAUGUUUUAGAGCUCAAAACAAUGGCUUCCUCUCCUGCAAAAGACCACGUGUUCCUACUCCACAAUUUCAAUCAAUUCGCACAUUUGGCUCACAAUAUGUCAUUUAAUGCUUGCAAUGCCUCCACCACACCACAUCUCAAUACAGCUUCAUGUGGUAAUAUUUAUCUGUAUACUCCUGGCAUACUCACAAGUCCUUUUUAUCCUAACGAUUACUUGAGCAACACGAAUUGUACUUGGAUUAUUUCUAGUACAAAUGGGACAUAUGUUUUACUGCAAUUUUCAUUCUUCUCGCUGGAAGGCGGUUCGAGUUGUCCAUAUGAUUAUUUGGACGUCUAUGAUGGUAAUUCUAUGUAUGCAAAAAAACUGGGGAGGUUCUGUGGGCAGCAAUUGCCAAGAAAACUGGUAUCAUCUGGUUCAAAGCUCUUAAUCUUAUUUCAUACGGACAGUAGUAUUCAGAAACAAGGGUUUGUGCUCAACUACACAGACACAAAUGAUACCAAUAAAUGUUCUGGAGCCCCGUGUGCUCCCUAUGCAAACUGCACAAAAAUUAAUGGUUCGUACGUUUGUGUAUGUAAACCUGGAUAUAUAGGAAAUGGGACAAGCUGUACAGAUAUCGAUGAAUGUAAUGGCCCUAAUAACUGUUCCCCGAACGCUGUCUGUCAUAAUGUAGUCGGGUCGUACACGUGUGAUUGUAGUCAUGGAUAUCACGGUGAUGGAACUCGUUGUGACGAUAUAGAUGAAUGUAGAGACCAACCACAGAAAUGCACGGGUGCAGGUGAAUCGUGUACCAACUAUCCCGGACGAUACCGCUGUGGGUGUAUCAGUUCAGGCCAGCAAUUUAUUGAUAACAAGUGUACUGAUAUUCAGGCAUCCGUUCAAGGUGAAUUCCGAAUAAUAAAUCGCAAAUACAUCCCUGCCUUUAAUAAUAAAAACAGCGCAGAGUAUUUUGAGUUUACUGAAAUGUUAAUUAAUGAGCUAACAAGCCUUUACAGGAGGACACCGAAAAUACACUCCACCUUCCGUUUAAUCAUCAUAUUACGACUGUUGUGA